UUGCGCUUGCGUAGCACCGGAACAGUUUCGGCUGCUGGCCUCCAUGUGCGGCACAUUGAAAGCAAGGGCUUGCCGGCCGCAAGUAGCAAGCCAUUAAUUUCAGUUUAGUUGUCUGAAACUUGGAUAUAUUAACGAAGCUUCUGAAUGAGUACCUCGUGGAAUGAAACAGUAAUAUAUCGAGGAUGUUGAAAGAAGCACUUGACGGGCAGAUUACUGUCGUCUGUAAUCCCGUUGCAGGUUCUGUGCAAUUUCAGGUGGAACCUGUUGGAAGAUGGUUUGAAGCAUAUCUGAAAAGACGAACACGGAAUGUGUCGGCCUCAUUUCAGGAGCUGGAAGAUGAGAAGGAGCUAUCUGAAGAGUCUGAAGAUGAGGAGUUGCAGUUGGAAGAGUUUCCUAUGUUAAAAACCCUGGAUCCAAAGGACUGGAAGAAUCAAGACCACUAUGCUGUUCUUGGGUUGGCACAUCUGCGCUACAAGGCAACACAGAAACAAAUUAAAGCAGCUCACAAAGCAAUGGUUUUAAAGCAUCAUCCAGACAAAAGAAAAGCAGCUGGAGAGCAGAUAGUAGAAGGAGAUAAUGAUUAUUUUACUUGCAUCACAAAAGCCUGUGAAAUUCUGUCAGAUCCUGUGAAACGUCGAGCAUUUGAUAGUGUGGAUCCUACUUUCGACAAUGCUGUACCUUCAAAAAGUGAGGGAAAAGAAAACUUUUUUGAUGUGUUUGCCCCAGUUUUUGAAAGAAAUUCUAGAUGGACUUCAAAGAAACAUGUUCCUAAAUUAGGAAAUAUGUCCUCCUCAUUUGAGGAUGUUGAUGCAUUUUAUUCAUUUUGGUAUAACUUUGAUUCCUGGAGAGAAUUUUCUUACUUGGAUGAAGAAGAAAAGGAAAAAGCAGAAUGCCGAGAUGAAAGAAGGUGGAUUGAGAAGCAAAACCGAGCUGCUAGGGCCCAGAGGAAAAAAGAAGAAAUGAACAGAAUAAGAACAUUAGUUGACACAGCAUACAGUUGUGAUCCUCGUAUAAAAAAGUUUAAGGAUGAUGAAAAAGCAAGAAAAGAGGCAGAGAAGAAAGCUAAAGCAGAUGCAAAGCGGAAGGAACAUGAAGAAAGAGAGCGGAUAAAGCAAGCAGAACUUGAAGCUGAACGACUUAGGAAGGAGAAAGAAGAAGAAGAAGCUAAACAAGCGGCUCUUCAGGCCAGGAAGGAGAAAGAAGUUCAGAAAAAAGCCAUCAAAAAGGAAAGACAAAAACUCAGAACAAUAUGCAAGAACUGGAGCUACUUUUCUGAAAAUGAGUCGGAAAGUGUUAAAAUGAUGGAAGAAGUAGAAAAACUUUGUGAUCGCUUAGAACUUACAAGCUUGCAAACUCUAAAUGAAGUGCUUGCAUCAAGCACAAAGGAAGAAAGCAAAGCUGCUGUAGAAAAGCAGAUCCAGGAGGUUAAUGCACAACUUCAGAAGGAGAAAGAAGAAGCUGAGGCAAAGGCCCGUCAGUUAUCAAAAAGCUCUGAGCAGAUGAAUGCAGGAGCAGGGAUUGGAGGUAAAGGCUGGAAUGAAGAUGACUUACAGCUGCUUAUUAAAGCUGUCAAUCUUUUUCCUGCUGGAACAAAUGCUAGGUGGGAAGUUAUUGCAAAUUACAUGAAUUUGCAUUCUACUAGUGGUAUCAAAAGAAAUGCUAAAGAUGUCAUAAAUAAAGCCAAGAAUUUACAAAAAUUAGAUCCUCAUCAGAAGGAUGAAAUCAACAAGAAAGCUUUUGAGAAAUUUAAGAAGGAGCACAAUGCCGUGCCUCAAAAUGUAGAUAACGCAGUGCCUUCUGAAAGAUUUGAUGCUGCAAGUGCAGAUGCAGCUCCAUGGACAACAGAGGAGCAAAAACUUUUAGAGCAAGCAUUAAAAACCUUUCCAGUGAAUACCCCAGAAAGAUGGGAAAAAAUUGCAGAAGCUGUUCCUAGUAGGUCAAAGAAGGACUGUAUGAAGCGGUACAAGGAGCUUGUUGAGAUGGUUAAAGCCAAAAAAGCUGCACAGGAGCAAGUCACUGCUAAAAGUAAAAAAUGACAAGUGUAAACAACCAGUGACCUUUUAUUGUUGUGUGUUUGUCUUUAUUUUAUAAUAAAAAUACAAACGGAA